UCUAGCGGUCGCCUAUCACAUUCGGCUGCAGGGCUUCUCAUAAUGGACUAGAGGCGGAGGCUUCUAAAGAAUAGCAGCUGCGGGCAAGGAAGACCAAGAACCCGCUCCACGGAACGACCAUCGCAAUGAGAUUCGCCGUCGGUCUGGGAAUAGGAACAUUACUUUUACGCAAUAACUAGAUUGUUAUGCACGAAAACAGAGAUAGGGAUUCGAUCACGGCCCCGUGGCAUCUUUUUGGGAACCUGAACCGGACUCUUGCUAUCUUCAUUUUUUUUGUUUUACUUUCCCCCUCCUCCGCUCAGCUUCAUGAGAAAUAGAAGACGAGGAGGAUAAAGGCAAUGAGCAACACUUUUCCAGCCAGGACUUUCUUAUCCAUGUGUAGACCUCCAAAAUAAAGUACAAUACUCAAUGCGUGGGGAAAAAAACAGAAAUGGAAGUGGAGUAAAUUAAAAGAAAGGACUUGUGAUAACAAUGGGACUUAAACUUAAAGACGCGUUGGGGAAAAGGUAGGCUACAAUAAAAACGAAUGGCACAAAUACAUUUACAAAAGUGUGGCGGGUAAAAACAGAACAAAACCAACCAGAAGGGAGAGAAAUGUUCUCCACGUAGUAAUGUCCAUCACUGUUGUAUGGUGGACCGUGCGGAAAGACAGGUGGAUAGGAAGCAAAGUAUAGUGUAAUUAUCAAAUCCAUCCCUCAUUUCCAUAUCUAGUGUGGGUCAGCUGGACCUUAGCCAAUCCCCCAUCGAAAGCCACCAAGAGUCAUCAAGCAUUAUCCUCCAUCAUAAUUACACCGACAUGCGCAAUCUGCACAUGGAUGCUGAUGUAUCCGCCAAAGGCAACAAGAGCAACUAGCAGAGAACUGACAACAUGUCCCGCCGCAAGCAAGCGAAGCCACAACAUCUCAAAUUGGACGAAGAAGCGUUGCAAACUGACGUCGCCACAGAACAUGCUCUAUUGGAGGGAAUGGAUGAGGAGGAGCGCCGCAGUGGCAUUGAGGAAACCCAUGUGUGUAGAAACAUUGCUGAGUACUUCACCUGGGCCGAACUGUAUGAGCACCAGAGAAGCUGCACAGAGGACCUUCCUCAGGUCCUCAUUGUGAAGGAAGAUGAGAGGAUCCCUGAACCUGAGGGGUCCCCAGCUGGAUACUCUCCAACCCUCAGCCUGGCCAUUCUUAGCCUGGCCCACAGGGACUCAGAAGACAUGGAGUCAGCGGACAGGGGCCUUGAACUGGUGGAGCCUAUGAAUUAUAUUGAUAAUGAGAGCACAGAUAUGUUAGAGGAGAUGAACAUGGGUGAGAAGGAGGAUGAAUCCAUGGAGGUGGAGCAGCAGCACCACAACAAAUAUAAGUCAUCUAGCCCCCAGAAUCCCCCAGAUAUAACUGAGUUGGCUAUCCCUUCAGCUCAGUCGUCCUCUGUGACUAGCAGCAUGCCCAGUACGAACGUAACGCUGGAGAUCCUCCACGGUACCCGGGUGGCUGUUGCCCAGUUCUCCCAGAGCCUCCACAGUAGUGGAGCAGGAGGGAAGGCGGCCACAGCGGCCAUCCCAGUGAUCCUAGAGCACCUGCUGGCUUUGCAGCAGCAACAGGUCCACCAGUUGCAGCUUAUUGAGCAGAUCCGUAGCCAGGUGGCCUUCAUGAACAGACAGCCCACACAAACAGCACUAAACCCAGUCUCCAGGGCCCUAUCAUUGGCACCAAACCCUUUCCCCUCCCAAGGCCUCAUCGCUCCCCCUGUCCUACCACUGUCUGGGACCAUACCCUCUGCUGUUAAUGGGCAAGCGUCUGUGUCUUCGGCAUCUGUGCUUGAAAGGUCCCACACACUCUCCAAACAAACUUCAUAUGGACAGGCCCACAUGAGAGACGCUAGAUGUACCUCAGCUCCCUCUGACAACUCUGCCCCUCCCCCUACUAGCUGCAACAAUAUUUCCUCAUUACAUCCUCCAUGCAUGGGUUCAUACUCACACACAAGCAGUAGCUGUACUCAGACCCUGACCUCGUCCAGCCCACUCUCCAUGCAGGACCAGAGCAACAGUCUCCUCAGCUCACCAUCCAGCCUGACGUUUCUACCUCAGAGCCCCCCCAGCAGUGUCAUCUUCCCCAACCCCCUGGCCAGCAUCGCAGCCACGACUAAUGCCCUCGACCCCCUCUCCGCCCUGAUGAAGCACCACCGGAAUGGCAAGCUGCCCAGUGUGUCCAUGUUCGACACCAAGCCCAGCCCCGAGGAGCCCUUUUUCAAGCAUAAGUGCAGGUUCUGCGCCAAAGUGUUUGGCAGCGACAGCGCGCUGCAGAUCCACCUGCGCUCUCACACUGGGGAGAGGCCCUUCAAGUGCAACCUCUGCGGCAAUCGCUUCUCCACUAAAGGGAACCUGAAAGUCCACUUCCAGAGACACAAAGAAAAGUAUCCCCGUGUUCAGAUGAACCCUUAUCCAGUGCCGGAAUAUUUAGACAAUGUGCCAACGAGCUCUGGCAUUCCCUAUGGCAUGUCAUUCCCUCCUGAAAAAACAGGAGCCACUUGGCUGGAUAGCAAGCCUGUUUCAGUGACGGUACCCACCUCUAUGGGCAUUCAGCUUCCCUUCACUCUCACUACUAUGGGAAGCUCAAGUGGAACUCUAAGUGUCACACCACCCAUCAAAUCUCCUUUUAGGCCUUCCCCAGCCUUAAGUGAAUGUGUGUCUUUGUCGCUGAACACUACAGGCAAUGAAACUAGUGUUCCCACAGCUUUAGAGUCUCCACAGUCUAAUCAGGAGGGGGAAUCCUCCCAUGUCUUGAAAGCAGAGGAAAUUCAUCUGUCCCAGAACUGGAUGACUAGACCCAGGGUGAGUCCACUUACUGUGGCAACAAGUAAAGCCAUGACUAUUACCACAUCCACACCUGAGCCCAGUGCUCGGACUUCCAACUUUUCACCACUUUCCCUGGCCUCUGACCCGUUCGAAACAAAGUUUCCAUUCGGUGGCCUCCUGGACUCUAUGCAAACGUCAGAGACCUCAAAGCUCCAGCAGCUGGUGGAGAACAUAGACAAGAAGAUAACAGACCCCAACCAGUGUAUCCUCUGUCACCGCGUGCUCAGCUGCCAAAGCGCGCUGAAGAUGCACUACCGUAUCCACACUGGGGAGAGGCCCUUUAAAUGUAAGGUGUGUGGCAGGGCUUUCACCACCAAAGGAAACCUGAAUACACACAUUGGUGUCCACAGAGCAAACCCUCCUCUCCGGGUUCAACAUUCAUGCCCCAUCUGCCAGAAGAAGUUCACCAACGCUGUAGUUCUACAGCAGCACAUCCGCAUGCAUAUGGGGGGUCAGAUCUCAAACUCACCCUUAAUGGACUGCCUACAGGACCUCGACAAUGAUCUCUCCUUCCACGAGAAGAACUUUGACAGCCUGAAUAACUAUGACAAUGACCUCAUGUAUGACAACUCCAUGGGGGAGGAAGAGGAUGAUGAUGAUGAAGAAGAAGAGGUAGAAAAUAUGAAGGGGGGUGUUGAUACCCUUAAUCCCCUAAGCUCUGUCUCUAGUUCUCCUCCCAACUCUGAUGCUGUUGUCUUCAGCAUAGCUGCACUGGAGAACCAAAUGAAAAUGAUAGACUCCACCAUGAACCUAAACCACUCCUUUGGGCUAAAGUCAAUGAUGAAUGGUUUUAUGGACAGUGAGCGCCGUGCUGCUAUCCACUCCUCUAUAGUGGGAGAAGGACAGAAUCACAAUGCAGCCGGCAGCCCAACCGUGUCUGAAUCGUCCACCUGUAUGCAUGUACCAGUGUCACCUGCGCAAAGCAAUUCUGAGGUCCACCUCUGCAAUUCCCCAUCUGGGAAGCACAGUGGAGAGUCCCAAGAGAUCACAGCCUCAGUGAAGAGUGAGCAAUUUGAUUCGCCCACCUCAACUCCGGUACAGGAAAAUGGAGUGACUUUGGAUCUGAGAGGGUUGCAACCUAACAGGCAGUGUGUGAAACAGGAGAGUCCUUACAGUACGCUGUUCCUGAGUAAAGAACGUGGUUCCAGCCAAAGCAUUCCUAGCCUGAUUACCAGCAUUGCGCCAAGGAUGAUCAAAUCUGAAAUGAAUGGGCACCAUCGACCAAUGAACUUCAACGAGGGGCUGCAUCAUCCAUUCAGCCUCCAGGUCCCUGCUGCUCCUCCAUCUCUGGUGAGCCCAGGAAUCACCUCUCUGCUUGGGCCACCUCAACUUCGACGGACCCCGAAGCAACACAACUGCCAUGCGUGUGGAAAGAACUUCUCCUCAGCCAGCGCUCUACAGAUCCAUGAGCGGACCCACACAGGGGAGAAACCUUUCGGUUGCUCCAUCUGUGGCAGGGCAUUCACAACUAAAGGAAACCUGAAGGUACACAUGGGCACUCAUAUGUGGAACAAUGCACCAGCCAGAAGAGGCAGGCGUCUGUCGGUGGAGAACCCCUUGGCCUUGCUGGGUGGGGAAGCUGCCAUGAAGUUCGGAGAGAUGUUUCAGAAGGACCUGACGGAACGGGCCAUGAACGUGGAUCCAGGAUUCUGGAACCGCUACGCAUCAGCUAUAACCAACGGCCUAGCCAUGAAGAAGAAUGAGAUCUCAGUGAUCCAGAAUGGGGGGAUUCUACAGCUUUAUCCCAUGACGGCAGGCAUGGACAGAGUCAGCACUGGGGGUAGCCCACCAAUGACCAGUCUUGGAAAGACAGCCAUGGACCUUGGAAUUAACCGACCCGACACUUUUCUAUGUUAAUUGGUGACAGUAAAGAGAUUGAGAUCAAUUUAAAUAAAUUGAAUGGCAGAUUAAUAAAAUAUAUAGAUUAUACAAACAAUGUAGAGAAUAAAUGAUUGAUUUAUUUGUAAAAACAAGUUGACUAUGUAUUAUAUAGAGAUAAAAAAUGUUUUAUUAAUUCACAGA